CCGCUGCUGCUGCUUCUGCUGGAGGCGGGGGCGGUGUUAUCGACGGAGGGUGAGGGCGGGCGGAGCAAGGGGGCGGCGGGGUGGACGCAGGCGCAGGCACGCACGCACGCACGCAGCUACAUAAGGCGGCGGGGCGGGGGGGAGAGGGCCAGAGAGCGGCACUUGGCACCCAGCGGCCGCGCCUCGCUCCCAGUGCCGCCCGCAGCCCGCCUGCUAUGAGGCAGCAGAGCCCUCAGCGCCCGCCGCCGCAGCUCUGCCACAGGACGCCCUCCUGCCACGCGUGAUCCAGCGGGAGUCGCAGCAGGAGGGAGGCGCAGCAUGUGGGGCUCGACGCCUUACAGCCGCGCGGGCGAGCAGGCGGGGCCGCGGCCAUGACCGCAGCCGCGGGGACGGAGUAUGGCAGCGGCCAGAUCGCCCGCCGCCCGCACCAUGUGGUACGCCCAUAACUACGCCCAGCGGAGGUCCCAGGCCAGGAACGCGGCCGCCAGGGCCCACCACCCGCAGGAGUACAUGGCGGCCCCGGUGCCCUGUGACCCCUACCGCCCCUGCCAGGACCACCUCGCCCUCGCCGACACCGACUACUCGGCGCCCCUCAAGGAGUACCUGGCGGAGUACGCCCGCACGGCGCUGCACGCCCGCCAGCGGCCCGCCGACCCACCCCACGCCCAGGCCCGCGCCCUGCACGAGCCCCCGAGUCAAGGCGGCACCCACGCCCAUGCCCCGACCCACGGCGCGCCGAAGAAGAGUCAAAUCGCGGCUCGAAGUCGCGGCCAGGGUGGUGCAAGUCGACCUCUCGGCCGCGGCCCCGAGCAGGACGCGGCCUGCGCCAGGAGCUCCCUCCCGUCGAGGAGGAGCCACCCUCACAGCAUUGACCAGAGCCACGCCCUCACCGCCGAGCACACGCUGGCCCGCCUGGUGGAGCAGGGCCGCGUGCCGCCCGCCGAGGCGCCGCUGCUGUGUGCCGAGCAGGGCCGCGUGUACCUGCCGGAGCCCGGCGGUCGCGGCUGUGACGCGACGCUCGCCUACGAGCACGGCCAGACGGUGGGCCACGGCUACGGCGAGCCCGGCCAAGUGGUGGUGGGCGGGCAGGGCCUGGCCUACCCCGGGGAGCAAAGCCUCGCCCACCACGGCCCCGCCGAGCUGGCGGCGCUCUACCACUACGACGACCCGCUGCCUCACCACCUCGAGUACGGCUUCCCCGAGCAGCUGCCUCGCGUGCGGCCCUACGCCCGCGAACAGUCGGUGCAAGUGCACGCCCACGCCCAGCAGCAGCACCUCCUGCAGCAACAGCACCAGCAGCAGCAGCAGCAACAGCACCAUCAGCAGCAGCAACAGCACCAUCAGCAACAGCAACUGCAGCACCAUCAGCAGCAGCUGCAGCAGCACCAACAUCAGCAGCAACAGCAACAACAACAACAACAACAACUACAACAACAACAACAACAACAACAACAACAACAGCAGCAGCAACAACAGCAGCAACGAUCCUAUCGCGUCCGCCCCCCCAGCCGCGAUGUGUGUUCCUUCUACCCCGAGUCUGCCCAGUCGAGUGACGAGGAGGAGAGCGUCUUGGAGGACGACGUGCGGGUGGACUUGCCCUACACCCACUUCAGGUGCCGCGGGCGGGGCGUGGGGCGCGGACGGGAGGAGGUGGGUGGGCAGCCGCGCGCCGAGCACAUUAUCAGGAGGUUCCAGGAGUCCGGGGAGGCGUGUGAGGAGGACGUGGAGGCCGGCACUGUGGGGCUGUCCUACCAGCAGCGGGCCGAUGUGUGCACCACGCGGGGCCACGCCGUCGCCACCGCCUCCUCCUCCGGCGGGCUGAGCGAGGAACAUGAGGCGUCCGGCCGGCGGCGCGGCGGCCUGCUGUUGGCGGAGGGCCUGGUGCGGGAGUGGGUGCGGGCCGUGGGCGUGGUGGCGGCCUCGGGCACGCUGGUCACGCUGGUGGUGCUGGGCUUCGGGGUGUACAACAUGCUGAUCACCACCCUGUUCCUGCUCUUCGUGCUGACCACCGUGGCGCUGCUCAUCUUCCUGCUUAUGCGCCGCCCCCCCUGCUGCCCCUGCUGUCAAGACCCCUACGACACCUCGGCCUCCGCGGGCAGCACGGGCUCGCAGGCCGCCAACAUCACCUACCUGACGGAGACUCACGGGAUCGUCGUCAAAAAGUGGAUGAAGGACUCCCCGCCGCCCUACGAGUCGCCCCCAGACUACAGCAGCCUCUCGCCGGAGCUCAUUAUGGACGCCAAGACGCUCCAGGAUCUUGUCACCACUACGAACACGCCCCCGCCGCCUCCGCCCCCAUCCCAGGCCUCAGCGGCGGCAGCCCAAACCACCCUCCGUCAGUAUAGCAGCAGUAGUAACACCCAUCACCUCCACCAUCACGCCUCUUCUGCUGGUGCUGGUGGUUCUUCGGCGGGGCAGGGACAACAGCAACAGCAGUCUUCGUCACACCCAGGAGUCGGCGUCACAGUGGAUCGCUCCGCCUCGCCGCUCUGCACGACGCCUCUCUUCAGUGCCGCGUUCUGCGACUCCCCACGCAGCCUCACGCCGACCAUCCACCACGACGCGAAGCCCGUUGCGUGCCUCUACGACCGCUCAUCAUCACCCAUCUUCACCCAGUACGCGUCACCGCCCGCCCUCCGCCACAAGUCAUCCGCCUCCUCCUCGCCCUCCGCCUCGUCCUCCUCGGCCUCCUCCUCCUCCACCACCACGUACAUAGCGUCCGUGGCGGCGCCCUCUGCGGUAUACGGGCAGGUCACUCCCUCGCCGCCCAGCUACGAGAGUCUACAGCAAGUUUAUUGCCACGAAGGAGGAGGAGGAAUGGUAGGAGUGAUUGGAGGGCUUGGAAUAGGGAGGAGGAAAGAGGACACAAGAUAAACUGAAUGGAGAGAGAGGAGUAAUUAAGGAGGGAGAAAAACACUUACACGAAACGAUGCAAAUACGGAAAAGAUAAAUGUGUACGUGGAAUUGAACGCAAACAAGUGAGAGAAAUGAUUUUGUGGAAGUGAGUAGAUGAGUGUAAAAGAAAGACGAAAAAGAAAAGAGAGAUAAGGGCAUGAAAAGAGUGGAAGUUAAAGAGAAAGAGAGAGAGAGGGAGUAAGUGAGUGAGUGAAAAAAAUAAAGUGAGGUAGAGAAAGUUUUGUAGAAGUCAAUCUCUCUUUGCUUCAUCGAUUUUAUAUGGAAUGUGUUUUCGUGUAGACAGCCUCCCUUCUCUUCCCUUCCCUAGCCUUCCCUUCCCUUCCCUUCCCUUCAUUUCCCUUCCCUUCCCUCCCCUAGCCCUCCCUUCGCCUCCCUUCCCUUCCCUAGCCUUCCCUUCGUCUCCCCUUCCCUAGCCUUCCUUUCCCUUCCAUUCCAUUCCAUUCCCCUCCCUUCCCUUCCCUCUCCCCUACCCUUCUUUACCCUUAUCCUAUCUCUUCCUUAUAGACUUACAGCCCCUUUUCCUUCCUCUUCCCCUUCCCUUCUUCCCUCUUUCUUCUCUUUCACUUUUCUUCAUCCUUUUUUUUCUCUUGCCCUUCUUUCCCCCUCCCUUUCAGCCUACGUUGUUGUUGUUGUCGUUGUUGUUCAUUACCUCUGGAGUGACUUAGGAUAACUUGCUCAUGUGGGGAGGCGUAGAGGUGAAGAAAGGUGGCCAGGAAAAGCUCUUGUACCUUACCUGACCUAACCUAUCCUGACCUGACCUAAUCUUACCUCACAUCAAUUUAGUUCCCCCCUUAACUUGCCCAUCUUACCAUACCUUUCUUUACCUCUAGCUAACAUUAACUGACCUUCCUUUACCUUAUCUUAUCUUACCUGUCCCUACCUGACCUUACCU